CUCUCCAGACCGGCGAAGCGCAUCUCCGGCACUGCGUUGCGCUGCGCCGCGGCUUCGCGUUCAGCAGCCAGCCAGCCAGCCAGCCAGCCAAGACAGGCAGGCAAACGCAGCCCAAAGGGAGGCCUCUGGAGAGACCUGGACGGAGCGAGGGGGCGAGCCACGAGCCUCGUAAAGCGAGUCAGAUCUGGGGAGGCUAAAAUGGCAGCGAAAGGCGACAACAGCAGAGCCCGCCCCUGCAAAAUACCCAACUUACGCAGCGUCUGAUAAGCACCAACCGCCGCGCGAGGCUUUCUGCCACCUGAACAGCGAGGCUUCCGCGCCUGGCUUCUCGCCGUCGUCCGAAAGGCAGGGACGCACUGCCUCUUCUACGUCAUUUCAUGCAACUUCUGUAGACCGCCAGACUUCUCCCAUUGUGAGACUGGAAUGUAGAGAGAGGUUGCGGCUUUUGAACACUUCUAUUCAGUCCUCUUCUCUGAAUCUUUAAGCAGGUUGAAGUUCAUGAGUUCGCCUAGCCUCAGUGAUCUGGGUAAGAGAGAGCCGGCAGCCUUGGAUGAGCGGGAGACCCAGCAGCGACGGGCCUGCUCCAACGCCACCUGGAACAGUAUCCAUAAUGGAGUGAUAGCAGUGUUCCAACGAAAAGGGCUUGCAGAACAUGAGCUUUACAAUCUCAAUGAAGGAGUCAGACAGCUUCUGAAAACUGAGCUGGGAUCUUUUUUUACUGAAUAUUUACAGAACCAGCUGCUUACAAAAGGCAUGGUGAUCCUGAGGGACAAGAUCCGGUUUUAUGAAGGUCAGAAACUGUUGGAUACGUUGGCUGAAACGUGGGAUUUCUUUUUCAGUGACGUCCUGCCCAUGCUUCAGGCUAUAUUCUAUCCUGUGCAGGGAAAGGAGCCAUCUGUCCGCCAACUGGCUUUAUUGCACUUCAGGAAUAUUAUAACUCUUAAUAUUAAAUUGGAAGAUGCUUUGUCUCGUUCCCGAGCAAGGGUUCCUCCUUCAAUUAUUCAGAUGUUACUUAUCCUACAGGGUGUUCAUGAAUCAAAAGGGGUAACUGAAGACUAUUUAAAACUGGAAACUCUGUUGCAGAAGGUUGUCUCUCCCUACUUGGGCACAUACGGGUUAUACUCCAGCGAUGGACCAAUCACACACUCUUCAUGCAUUCUAGCAGAAAAGCGCUUCUUCCGACGUUCUAAAUCAGGGGAAAUUCUUGCCAAGAACCCUGUGGUGAGAUCCAAAAGCUACAACAAUCCCUUGCUGACCCCAGUUGCUGAGUAUGAAAUGGAGGGUGCUGCCCCCAAUGGCACCGGCAUCCGACGACACUCUGUUUCUGAAAUGACUACCUGCACAGAAAUGCAGGGCUACUCCAACCUCACCACCAUCACGGACAAUGGUUCCAAGAACUCUAUGACCACCAUGAAGAACUCGCAGUCAGGAGAGUCAGAAAGGCUUUCUACCAGCUCUGUGCAGUGCAGCAGCAGCCUCAAUGUACCUGAUCAGCAAAGGGGACUUUGCUACCCAAGAGAUGACCGAAACAGGCCAUUUGAGCUGGCCAGGGACACAGAUUUGAUUGCCAUAGCACCUACAGCCAGCCCUGAGAAUAUAGUGGACCAGAUUUUGGAGUCUAUUGAGUCAGAUUCGGAUGGGAUUUUCAUUGAUUUUGGCCAGAACUGCUCCAGUUCAUCAGGGUACAAUGUGGAUGUAAGCCGGCAGAGCAUUGUCUGAAAGACUUUCAAUAAGAAUCCUAGUUUGUGCUUUUGAAUUCAUCUUUUAUGUGGAUGAUGUAAGAGGUCCAUCUCAGAUUCUUGUGUAAUCAGAAAUUCAGAUAAAGAGUAUAUCUCUCAGAUCAGAAUUGCCAUAAGAGGAACACAAGAAAAAAAAUGAUACAAAUUGGUUUGGAUCAUGGUAUUUCCUAGUUAUUGGAAAAUCUCUCUCCUUUCUGCUAGCUUCAGUGGUGGCAUCUGUGGCAGGCCAAGCUCAUAAAAAGCAACACUUUGUUCCAUCAGUGGCCAAUGGUGGGGCAGAGGCAGCAGACAUUUAUGAGAGACCUGGACCGGAGUGCAAAUGACCGGCAGCCAGGGAGGUAAUGUUUUCCAGCCUCUCUCUGCCAUGCUCUCCUGCUGCCUGCUCCAUGGCUCAGCAGACAAGAGGCAGACCACCUGGGAGGCGGGUGCUCAUGCACUGUAGUACUCCCCUGUACUCUAGACUUGACCUGUGGCACCCUUGCAAAAACAGUGGCUACCAUGGUUCUAAUCCCUUCCCACUGAUUGGCUUCUUAGGCUCGAUGGUUCUCACCUGUAAUGUCAGUGAUCAGGACCCAUGUGCAGCCAGCAGCUGAUGUGGCUGCUAGUUUGGGAAGUAACCAUGCCAGUUGCCUGGCCUGCCUAGAGCUUUGGCUGCAGGGUAAUAUAGAAAUGCAAUAGAGAAAUAAAUAAACUCCUGUUGGCAAAUGUUAUACGAGUGAUGUGGGGCCCAAAGAGAUUAAAGUGGUUUUCAUUCUUAACAGUGAGUGUAUGAAUUAGAUUUAUGGAUGUGUCUGCAUGAGCACUUCCAGAGAAAGUGGAUCCUAAAAUUAAAAGUGAAAGGGCAAGUUUCAGGAGGAACACAACUACUGGGAAGAGCUGAUUUCCAUGUCACUGCUGGAGUGGGAGUGGAAGGAGCCAAUUCCUGUUUGUCUCAUCUGCAAGCAAGGGAAACAGUCCAGCAAGCAGAUGUGCUCACAUCCCCCACCCAAUCAGUCAUCACUGGUGAUUUGUCAGCACCAGAGAGAGAUGACUGUUUGGACUGACCCCUUUAAAAAGCUACUGAACCUGAUUCAGGUGGAAUUAGUUAGUUGCGAGUAGCAUUGAAAUCAGAGAGCCUGACCCAGGGCAACUAAAUUUUGAAGUGGUAUACAGUGAUGGGAAAGUUCAUGAUUGUGGUGCUCGGCCACUCAUACCUACAGAUCACCAGGUAAUGUUGCAGUCUUCCCAAAUGAACAUGCAUUUUGAAACCGUUCCCCCCACCCAAUACACACACACACACACACACACACACACACACACACACAGGUCUGAGAAUGCUGUGUGUAAAUGUGCACUUGGACUUCUUUAUGCCUUUGAAUGUUCCCCAAAAUAGGAAACUCACUCUGUUGUCAAAUGUGGUGGACACAUUUAAACACCCACAUUUAAACACCCACAUAGUCUAGUCCAGUCUUCCCCAACCUGAUUCCUUCCAGAUGCAUUGGUCUGCAACUCCAGUCAUUCACAGCCAGCAUGGCCUUUGGCAACAAGUUGGACAAGGCUGUUCUACCCAUUUUCAUCACUUCCAAACACUUCCAUGAAAGCAGAGACUAUUCUUUUGAAAGUUAACAUUUCUUUGAGAUUCUAAAGUAAUACAUGUUAUUUUCACUUUUGAAGAGGUUGUGCUGAAUAUUGCAGACUCUAAUGAUUUAUAGGGACCAUUUUUAACAUUUUUCUCAGUACAUCAGCACUCCUUUUACUGAUCAAUGAGUGAAAGUUUGAAAAUAAUUGAAA